UUAACAACAUACAUGCAAUGCAGCAAACUUUCAUGAUGUAUGUAACAAUAUAUAUCAUGAAAGUUUUUAAUAUCUCGUUAAAUUUAUAGAACUGCUCCGAUGGCAGGCACUUUACUUGACCACGAGUCAUGGGAGAAUUUACUCAGAGUGGCACCGCUAAUGGCGGGCCGACUUGAGGAGACGGUGCCUCAGAAAAUCAUGGAAGAAUUGGAAAAGACUUCUGAUACUGAAGUCACACAAAGCGGAAAUCAAGCCAAUACGACAAAGAUUCCUUUGGAGCAAAAAAUGAAUUCCAUGGUUAGAAGAAAGCGCAAAAAGCGUUUUAUCCAAGGGAUCAUGAUUGAUGACGCGAAGCCGCACCAGUUGGCGACGAAAGAAGAAGUGUCGACCACCACCUCAUCCUCCGUCCAGAUCUCAGACAUCCAGCAGUUCGCACAGCUCGUCGAGCUGAUUGAUGAUGAUAUACACGACAGAGCAGCAUUACGGUACCUAAGCCAAUACGUGGGCCAGCCCAUGUUCAACCUGUGCAACUACGACCAGCCCAAACCUCGCUACGUCCACCUCUUCAAGUCAUCAAGAUUAGUUGUGGCUAUUGGCAAUUUUACGUUGCGAAGAAUGCAACUAGUGAUGACUCCUGCCAGGAUGCUGUACACCGGGCGUUCUCGGUGUGAGCAAUCUCAUCUCGAGUGCCAGGUGGCUGGCAACAGGGUGUGCAUUGACUCUAUGAGCGCAUGCGACGGCGUGGCCAACUGUGGUACACCAGACAUAUACGACGAGGAUCGGCUGAUGUGCGGCGCAUACGUGGGUCUUCGGCACAACGUGUGUCUUGCAGCGAUCACGUUCAUAGCAGUCCUGCUCACAUUUAUCUAUAUGGUACAUUAUUGGCUAGGCCGCUGCGUGCCUAAAGUCUCCGAGGCUUUCUUUAUUUACACGGAGGGAGAUGAAAACAUAUUAUAUCUAGAUACUGUUAUGCGUUCACCGCAUGAUAUCGGUACGGGCGUAGUUGGCGCGAAGUCAUUGGAUGCUUUUGAAAUUGACGCGCUAUUUACAGUCGAAGCACCAAAAACAUCCAAAUUCCGAUCCUUGUUACAUAAUCUUCUUCCAUGUUGCUUCAAGAAAGUGGAUAAAAAUAAAUCAGUUUCAGUAGACUGGGACCAACUUCAUUCGUCGCCUACAAAUACGAUGUUUUCCUUCCCAGAGUUAGAGAUUCGUAGAAUGGCAAACAUGGAUCAUAAAGAUAUUUGUGUCCAGACUGGAGAAAGUUUAGAAAUGCAAAAUAUGCCAUUAACGAUAAAGGCAACAUCAAAAGAUCCGGCAGAACGGCAGAGAUCAGUAAAUUUGACCUCGCCAGUAUCAAGCGACGAACAAAAACGGAUAAAUGAUGAGUUAAAUAUUAUGAAAAUAUUGAACAAACGUAGAAUAGAUAGUAUGGCUACUCGUACUAGUUACAAGCUAGGUGACUACGAAGAAUUAACAGAACUGUCCCCCAAUCUUGAGCAAGGUCCUGAGGAAAUGGAGAUACAAAACCAAUUUUAUGAUCCUAGAUGGCAGGAGCAAAGUAAACGGUACCAGCGAAGAAGUGCUCAUUCAAAAAUAUUAAAGGAUGAUGCAAUACCAAAAAUGUCAAAAUUAGUGACAUCUAAGCGGCUGAGAUUUAGUGAAGAUGUUGUUAAUAUUCCUAGAACUAGGGGUUACUCCGACGACGAAGUGUCGAUCUCGCAGAAUGAUGACAAUACUAAGCCUCAAGAUAAUGUUAACGAAUCAGGCCCGAGCACCAGUAAAGAUUUCAAGCGUUUCUGGGGGGGUUCAAAGGGAAGGAAAUCGAAGAAAAAGACAUAA